GUCUUAAACCCUAAAUCUUUCUCCGGCUACGUUCGCUGUCGUGAUGGCUCCUCAAUCGUUAAAGAAGAACUACCGGUGCUCUCGAUCUCUAAAGCAAUUCUACGGCGGUGGUCCUUUCAUCGUUUCAUCUGAUGGUUCGUUCAUCGCCUGCGCCUGUGGUGACGCCAUUAACAUCGUAGAUUCUUCGGACUCAUCAGUGAAAUCCACAAUCGAUGGCGAGUCGGAUACGCUCACUGCUCUGGCUCUUAGUCCUGACAAUAAGCUACUCUUCUCCGCUGGACAUAGUAGACAAAUUCGAGUUUGGGAUUUGGAAACCUUGAAAUGCAUUCGCUCUUGGAAGGGGCACGAGGGACCUGUGAUGGGUAUGGCUUGCCACGCAUCUGGAGGAUUGCUAGCCACUGCCGGAGCUGAUAGGAAAGUCCUUGUCUGGGAUGUUGAUGGUGGUUUCUGCACUCAUUAUUUCAAAGGUCAUAAAGGGGUUGUCUCAAGUAUCUUGUUCCAUCCUGAUGCAAACAAAAAUAUUCUUUUCUCGGGAAGUGAUGAUGCAACCGUUCGUGCCUGGGAUCUUAUGGCAAAGAAUACUGAGAAGAAAUGUCUUGCCAUUUUGGAGAAGCACUUUUCAGCCGUGACUUCAAUUGCGAUAUCAGAGGAUGGACUGACUUUACUCAGUGCUGGAAGAGAUAAAGUUGUGAACUUGUGGGACCUUCACGAUUAUAGCUGCAAGACAACAGUUGCAACUUAUGAGGUACUAGAAGCUGUGACAACAGUUUCUUCUGGGACGCCUUUCGCUUCAUUUGUAGCUUCUCUUGAUCAGAAGAGUAAGAAGAAGAAAACUGCUUCUCAAGAAACACAUUUUAUUACUGUUGGGGAACGUGGUGUUGUGCGCAUCUGGAAGUCUGAGGGUUCAGUAUGUCUCUACGAGCAAAAGUCGUCGGAUAUUACUGUCAGCUCAGAUGACGAGGAAUCUAAAAGAGGAUUCACUGCAGCUGCUAUGCUGCCUUCUCAUCUUGGACUGCUUUGUGUGACUGCUGAUCAGCAGUUUUUUAUCUACUCCGUUGUUGAAAAUUUAGAAGAAUCAGAGUUAGUGCUAAGCAAGAGACUUGUUGGGUAUAAUGAAGAAAUAGCUGAUAUGAAGUUCCUAGGUGAUGAAGAGGAGUUUCUCGCAGUAGCUACAAAUCUCGAGGAGGUUCGUGUUUAUGAUGUUGCAACAAUGUCAUGUUCCUACGUGUUAGCUGGCCAUAAGGAAGUUGUUCUGUCCCUUGACACUUGCGUAUCUAGUUCUGGGAAUACUCUAGUCGUCACUGGAAGUAAAGAUAAAACUGUAAGGCUGUGGAACGCAACAAGCAAAUCUUGCAUUGGAGCUGGUACAGGUCAUAAUGGCGAUAUCUUAGCGGUUGCUUUUGCGAAGAAGUCUUUCAGUUUCUUUGUCAGUGGCAGUGGUGAUCGCACACUGAAGGUCUGGAGCCUUGAUGGUAUCUCAGAGGACUCAGAAGAGCCCACUAAUUUGAAAACUAGAAGUGUUGUUGCUGCCCAUGAUAAAGACAUUAAUUCUGUGGCUGUUGCUCGUAACGAUAGCUUGGUUUGCACUGGCUCUGAGGAUCGGACAGCUAGCAUAUGGAGACUACCAGACUUGGUGCAUGUUGUUACACUUAAAGGACAUAAGAGGCGGAUUUUUUCUGUUGAGUUCUCACCUGUUGAUCAGUGCGUAAUGACAGCAUCAGGUGAUAAAACAGUAAAAAUAUGGGCUAUAUCUGAUGGUUCAUGCCUCAAAACGUUUGAAGGUCAUACCUCAAGUGUACUUAGGGCCUCAUUCAUAACCGAUGGAACCCAAUUUGUCUCAUGUGGUGCCGAUGGUUUAUUGAAACUUUGGAAUGUGAACACUAGCGAAUGCAUUGCCACAUAUGACCAGCACGAGGACAAGGUAUGGGCUUUGGCUGUUGGAAAGAAGACAGAAAUGGUUGCAACUGGUGGAGGCGAUGCAGUUAUUAAUUUAUGGCAUGAUUCAACCGCUACUGAUAAAGAAGAUGAAUUCCGGAAAGAGGAAGAAACAAUAUUGAGAGGUCAAGAGCUGGAAAACGCAGUGUUAGAUGCUGAAUACACUAAAGCCAUACGAUUGGCAUUUGAGCUUCGUAGGCCUCACAAACUUUACGAACUCUUUGCUGGGCUCUGCAAGAAAAGAGAGUCAAACGAACAGAUUGUGAAAGCUCUUCAAGGACUUGAAAAAGAAGAGUUCCGUUUACUUUUUGAAUAUCUCCGAGAAUGGAACACAAAACCAAACCGAUGCCACAUUGCUCAGUAUGUUCUUUACCAAACCUUCAACAUACUUCCUCCCACAGAAGUCGUUCAGGUAAAAGGAAUUGGAGAACUCCUGGAAGGUUUAAUCCCAUAUUCUCAGAGACAUUUCAAUAGGAUGGACAGAUUUGUAAGAAGCAGUUUCUUGUUAGACUACACACUCGGUGAGAUGUCUGUGAUUGAUCCAGAGACUGAGACUGAGUAUCCUAAGGACAAGAAGAAGAUAGAAGAGGAAGAGGCCAUUGCUUCUGUGUCUGCAAUGGAACAAGACACGGAAAAAGUAGAUCAAAAGACUUCUUCGAGGAAAAGAAAGUCUCAGAAAUCAAAAGAUAGAUCGAACAAGAAGAGACUCGUUGCCGUAGCUCCGGGAAAUGUAAUCGCAGUUUGAGUCUUGAAUGAAUUAUAUUUGAUUGACAUUUUAGGGGUAGAAUCCCAAUUUUUGGUAUUAUCGUUUUUCUUCAUGUUUAAUUUUGGUUCUUGUAAUUGCUGUUGUUUUUAAAAUUUUGUUUUCAAUUCGCCUUCAAUACUAAAGAGUUUCUGAUUUUCACA